GGACCUUCAGAAUGUUUGAGUUCACUUAGCUACCAUCGCCGCUCUCCUCACAGUGAGACUGAGCUCUGGGUAAGCUCUGAAUAUGCCUUAAAGGCCUUGGUCUUGAGAGAACAGAGCAGGUGCUCACACGGAAAAAGAAAGUUACACAGAGAUAGCCUGGGUUUGGAAUCAGGCGGACCGGCUUCCUUCAUUGGGAAACCGAAUACAACAUUAUGUCCACACCGGUGGCAUCAGAGACCACACAAAGGCUUCAGAAGCCAAAGAAAGGUCAAAAGAGAAAAGUGCCUGUGAAAGCAAUGCUAGCUGUGACAGACAGAAGAUCAGAGAUGUCACCUGUCUCCCCAAAGGUGUCCUGCAAGCAGAAUGAUUCAGGGAAGCAGGUGCCAGGGGAUAAAGUUUGCUUGGCACAAAAAGCUCCACAGGCGAGCAGCAUUCUGGCUUCCAGUGAUGCCUCUGCAGGGGAUGUCCCGGAGCAGAGAUCCAAGAGGAAGAGAGGCCAAAGAAAAAGAAAACUGGAGAAUAUCAAGACAGAUCCAGAAGCCUGUAUCGUUCUUGCCUCCAGUGAUGCCUCUGCAGGGGAUGUCCCUGUGCAGCGAACCAAAAGGAAGAGGGUCCACAAGACAAAGACACUGGUGGAUGUCAAAGCAGCUACCCAGGAGAACAGCAUGCAGGCCUCUAGCACAGCCACCCCUGAAGCUGCCCCUGGAACUGCCUCAGAGCUCAAGUUCCUCAGGAGGGGGAAGAGGAAGAGCAUAUGGACUGUGGACCGUAUAGAGGGGACAAAACUCAUAAUGAACAAGAAGAGAAGACCCAGCUAUCGCCCUGAGGACCUCGAAGCAUUCUACCGACUCCUGGAGGAUCCUGUGGUCCAGAACUUCUUGGCAGCUGACAUCUUCUUCAGGGUGACCGACAAGUAUCUGCUGUCUAUGGUGGUGGAGUACUUUGGUCGCGUUGGGCUUCCUGGACAUCUCUACAACAGGAUCCACUUCUUCCUGGCCCUUUACAUCGCCUGCGACAUGGAGGAAGACGACCCCAUAUCCAAGAGGAGCAUCUUCCAAUUCCUGCUGGGCAGGGACACCUGGCAAGACUUGUACAAGGAUUUCCUGAAGCUGCAGAGGGAUUUCUUCCAAGCCAUGGAUUACCGAGCCUGGGUCACACCAGAGCAGUGUGUAGAGAUCCAGAACCAGAACCCACACCACUGGGUCUGGAGCCGGGUGCGCCAGGGCACCCCUUAGCUUCCCGGGCCUGGGAACCAUCUGCAGGGUCGUGGAGCAUGGGGCUGUGCCUGAACCAGGUGAGUGGAGGGCCUAGCCAGGGGCUCCACAUGCAUGGGCUAGCUCUGUCCUCUGGGUCCCUGAAUCAGUAUUCUGGUCUGUGUAGACAUGAGAGGAAGCAUAGGAGCACUGCUGAGAUACAGAAAGUAUCCCUCAAUUCUCCAGCCAGAUUGCGUUGCAGGACCACGGAAUCCAUGACACAAGACUUAAUCCACACGCCUUCGUUUUGUUGUGUUGUGUUUUAUUUGUAACUCCCGGGGAAAAUUUAAACUUACAUCAUCUAGGCGACGACUCGUUUGAGCUCAGGUGACAUUUUAAAAUAUACCUAGGUGAAAAACACUGGAGGAAUCCACUCCAGUGAAGAGGCUUCGGCUUCGUUGCGUGGCUCUUGGGAGAGAAGAGAAAUUCCAACCUCUGGUUUUGUAUGUUUCACACCUACAUAAAGAAAGGCUCUCUGUGGGCCCGUGGAGAACAUGAUCAGAUCACAUGAUUAGGUCACAUGAUUCAUGUCAAACGAAGUCCUGACAUGGAUAGUCUCUGGAAAACAGUGAGACUGCAGGGAACAAUGAGGAGCGAGUCAGCAGGGAAUUCUGUGAGGACGACAACUGCUAAUCACAGGAUCAACCCUGUCUGGCACCGCACUCCAAGGCAGCCCUCUUUGGUUGAAGUUUUCCUUCCUAUUUGGAUCUACUCAAAGUGGAGGGAGAACUCUAGUGAGAGGCUCAAGGGUCUCUUUGUCCUGGCAUAUGGUUGUGCUAAAAGAACCCACUAGGUAUCCUACCAUGCUGCAGGUUGCAGGUUGUGACUGGGACUCACCUGCCCCAAGGAGCGGACAGAGUAGAGGAAAGAAGAAAUCAGGAACCCUGAGUUAUAAGAAAACCCAGUUUAUCAGAAGUUUUGCUUCAUCCCCUGGACUUUCCUAGAAUAGUAAACCUCACCACACACACACACACACACACACACACACACACACACACACACGGGAUCUCAAGAUUCAGCAUCAAUAUUCAUGUCUACUCUGGUUCCAUCAUUUGGAACAGUGAGAAGUGGCCCUAAUCUUCCAUAGCGUUUUCUACCAUAAACUUUGUGUGCAGGAAUUUGAUGUUCAGGAAUUUACCUUUUCUAUCCUAACAACACACACACACUCUCUCUCUCUCUCUCUCUCUCUCCUUGUAGCUCCUGUCCACCCCUGCCACCCCCUAUCCCCAACAAGAAGCUAGAGCUUAUCCCCAUGAUACAGGCACCCGAAGAACCCAUCAUCCGGCCCUGGUUCUCCUUACACCUUCAGGAUGAAGGAUCCAGGAGAGCAUGUGCCUUAGCUCUGGGGUAUAGCAUGGGACCAGGAAAGGAGGAACAAGCGAAGUCGGAAGAUGAAAAUGGGCCCACCUGCUGGGCAAGCAAUGUCUUUGGAAAUUAUUGUCAAUUUCCAAAAUAGUCCACCAGGUCAUCCAAUAAUGGCUUAUCCCACACGGUGAUGGGGAAAUCUCCCCAGGGGGCUGAUGGGAAGCACUAAGACACUGAGCAUAAAGACGUGGAGACCUGAGGCAUAAUCAAAGUAGGAUAGGAGAAAGGGGAUCACAUGAAAGUGCAGGCUACUACCACUGGGGGACAACCCAACCUGCAAAGGAGAGAGUCAGGAAGCAGAGGUGGGUGAGGGGGAAAUGAGGAGAUAGAUCCCCAACACCGGGAGCAAAGUGUUGAAAGCUGAAGAGGGAAGAUGGACUCACAGAGGACAAGGAGGGCCAAUCCCGGGGUCACAGUGGUACUUGCAGCCUUGACAAGUGCAAACAGGAUUGAAAACAAAAGAGACAAAGACAUAAAUUUGGGACACUA